CUCCUCUAAUGAUUUUGAUAAUUCUAAUAAGAAUGUAAUUAAAAUUUUUUUGAUCAGAUUAUUUUUAAAGGAUUGAAGAAAGCAAUUUAUUUAGAAAUAUAAGUAGAGAGGAAUAAAAAUGAAUGGAGGAAGUAUUUUUAUUAAUUUUUUUUUUUUUUUUUUUUUUUUUGUGUGUGUGUGUGUGUGUUGGUUCAUUUUUGUCAUGUGUUUCAAUUUUCAAGUUGCUUUGAUUUGGAAAGCUACAGCUCCGCAAAAGGCCCACCACCACAUUUCAACAAGCUCUAACAGCCGUCGGCAGUUUAAGGGAGGGCUAGAAUAUAGCAAACGGAGACUCCUACCGCUUACCGUUUUCAUUUUCUCUCUCUCUCUCUCUCUCUCUAAUUCUCCUACCUUUUCCCCCUAAAAGAUUCACAAAGAGCAAGAAAAGGGGAAAGGAUUCAAUCUUGAUCGGCAUUCUUGUCAAUCAAAUCUAAAAACUUUGAGCAUUUUUAAUUACUGUGGUGGUGUGUUCUUGAUUUUGGGGUGAGAAGACUAUGGGGUUUAAGAAAGAUGAAGCAAGCUCAUCAUCUCAUGUUUUGAGCAUCCCAAGAGAGGAUACACCACUUUUAGGCAAGAAUCAACACCUUUCUUCUCCUUCCAAGACUUUUGCUAAUGUUUUUAUAGCUAUAGUUGGAGCUGGAGUUCUUGGUCUUCCUUACACUUUCAAGAGAACGGGAUGGGUUAUGGGUUCUGUUAUGCUUUUCUCAGUUGCCUUUCUUACUUACCAUUGUAUGAUGCUUUUGGUCUAUUCUAGGAGAAAGAUUGAAUCUUGUAGUAUUAAAGCUGCAAAGGUUUCAUCUUUUGGUGAUUUGGGGUUUGCUGUGUGUGGACCUGUUGGUAGAUUGUCUGUUGAUGUUAUGAUUAUUCUAUCCCAAGCUGGUUUUUGCGUUAGUUACUUGAUUUUUGUGGCUAAUACUUUAGCAUAUUUGUUUAAUUAUUCAAUUGCAAAACCAGAUCCCAGAAUCUUGGGAUUUUCACCCAAGGCUGUGUAUAUAUGGGGCUGUUUCCCAUUCCAGUUGGGGUUGAAUUCAGUUCCCACGCUGACCCUUUUAGCCCCCUUGAGCAUUUUUGCUGAUGUUGUUGAAUUAGGAGCUAUGGGUGUUGUGAUGGUUGAGGAUGUCAUGAUUUACCUCCAGAACAGGUCUGUUCUUGAAAUGUUUGGUGGGUUCAAUGUGUUCUUCUAUGGUCUUGGUGUGGCUGUGUAUGCUUUUGAAGGGAUUGGUAUGGUUUUGCCUCUGGAAUCAGAGACAAGAGACAAGGACAAGUUCGGUAAAAUCUUGGGUUUGGCAAUGGCAUUCAUAUCUUUGCUGUUUGGUGCUUUUGGAGUGUUGGGGUACUUUGCAUUUGGGGAAGACACAAAGGAUAUAAUCACUACAAAUCUUGGGCAGGGAUUGCUUAGCACCUUUGUUCAACUUGGCCUUUGCAUAAACCUGUUUUUCACUUUCCCACUUAUGAUGAAUCCUGUCUACGAAGUGAUGGAAAGGAGAUUCUGUGAAGGCCGGUACUGUGUGUGGCUGAGAUGGCUAGUGGUUUUAGCAGUGACUUUUAUUGCAUUGGUUGUGCCCAACUUUGCUGAUUUCUUGUCACUUGUUGGGAGCAGUGUGUGCAUUGUUUUGGGGUUUGUGUUGCCUGCUUUGUUUCACUUGAUUGCCUUUAAGAAUGAAUUGAGAUGGCAUGGUUUGGCUUCUGAUGCUGCACUGAUUGUCAUGGGCACAGUUUUUGCCGUCUAUGGAACCUCUUCUUCAUUGAUGGAGAUCUUAGCAAAAAAGCUCUAGUGUUUUUUGUCAUAGCAUUUCAUAAGGUGUAUGUAUGUUGUGGAUAAUGGUAUAAAAAUUGAAUUCAGAUUACUACUGAA